GUUGAAUGAGGUCCCGUAGUCUUUUGCUACAAACAAAUUUCAAGGUGUACGACUUAUUCACACUUUAAAAAUGGGAAAUGUAAAUGAGAUUUAUAAUACCAAAAGUCGUUUGAGUGUAUCCUCACCAGCAGUUAAUCAGAAGAGUCAGAUGGACGGUCUAAUCGUCUACUUAAAUGGCCAAUCAGACGGCUCAAGUUUUCUGGGCAAGUUGCCUUCAGUGGUGUUGGUAAACAUCUUCAGAUUUGUUGACAACAAAAAUGAGCUGUUAAGGCUAGCGAGUGUGUGUAGAUCUUGGAGGGAUUUAAUUUACACCACGCCUACUUUGUGGAGGAACAUGCACCUCGAGUUCUGCUGCAACUGUAAAUGUUUGAACAGGAAAAAAGCUUUCUCGAAUGCUAUACGCUUCGGCUGCCACUUGUAUGAAUUGUCAAUCUCCGUCUGCAAACACCAUGAAUGCCACCUAAGCUCCUGCUCCUUGGCCACCGUUUUCCGAAAGUGUUUGCAAGAUUUACGUCAUCCGACACUGACGUCAAUAAAAAUAAGUGACAUAGGAAUGCGAGAAGCGUCAACUAGAACACCGUCCGAUAUCAGUAGGGAAAUGACGCGUUUGGUGUCCAGACUGGACCGUCUAAAAUGUUUCAAGAUGACCAAAGCUCAAUGGCCAAUAGAAGAAGGCAACAAUCUCAUCAACACAGUGCUGACCACGUCCAGAGGAACCCUUCAGUCGCUGGACAUUGACAGGUUCUUCCACACACGCUUGUUGGCUGAGAAACCGGUUAAACUUGACCAACUGACCACUGGUAUCCUAUCUCUCACCAGCUUGACGAAACUUGGGAUUGACUAUAUAUUAUUGACUGAUGACUUCGUGACUUCACUGUCUAGAUCACAUGCAGGACAACUUCAGACAUUGAAACUUGUCGCGGGUUGGAUUCCUUAUGGAACUACUCCACACCUGAUCUCUAGAAAGGCCUGGGUGAACCUGACAGAUGCCUGUCCAGCAAUGAAAGUGGCGUUUUAUGUUGACCCCGACACAUUAGAGGAUUCUGGUUUUGAAAUACUGGACCCCGUUUUGCCCAUCUACAAGAUCAACUUGUUGGAAGGGGACAUUUUGUACUAUCUGAAUGAUGUGUUGGAAUAUAUCGCCGACAACUUCAGAAAGAGCUUGGUGAAGCUAGAGAGCGACCAAUACAGUGACCAUUUUCCAACCGACGCCGCCUUUCUACAGUUUGUUCGGAAAUGUCGACGUUUACGAUGUGUUAACGUAUCUGCCCACUUCCUAACACCAGAGACAGUAAAGACUGCCAUGAAGUUGAUAGGAGACAGAAAGCGAAGACACGACUUGAGAAUCUUGAGAAUGUCACACCCAAACAAACGAGCUAAGACAGGACCGGCUAAAGUUCCACGUUCCAACAUAGCCAAUUAG